UGGAUGAGCGAACGAUUCUUCGAAAAAUUCGCGCGCAACCCCAAGCUAUCGCUGCAAAAUCCGGCUUUCACGACGGCGAUGCAGCAGGACCCUCAAGCUGCUAUUCUGAAAUACCAAAAGGACCCAGCCGUAUCGACGAUGUUGCGUGACUUCAUGGAGUUUCUUGGGAGCCAUUUUGAAGAGGUG